UCAAGAAUCAUCCAUGUAUGCUAUACCCAUCGGGCUCUGACAUAUAUAUAGUAAAGGUAGGUACAUGGCAAAAGAGGACCCGUUGCUUUGCUUUUUCCUGAAAAUCAUCUUAAAGCUACCUGUUUCUUUUUGGGCUCUUAAGAUCUCGAUUGGAUUCAAGCUUGUCUCAGUUCUAUCCAAAUGAGUUCAUCUGGCCGAUUGUUUAACAGGCAAAGAAGUGUCCAUGAGAUUCUUGGAGGAGGUCUUGCUGCAGAUGUGAUACUUUGGAAGCGGAAGGACGUGACCUUGAGCAUAUUAUUAGUUACUCUGGCUGCUUGGGUGGUGUUUGAGAAAUCUGGUUAUACUCUGUUGUCGCUUGUCUCAAGUGUUUUCCUGCUUCUCAUUAUCAUCCUCUUUCUUUGGGCCAAAGCCGCGUCGAUUCUCAACAGACCUGCUCCACCUCUACCAGAUUUGCAUCUGUCAGAAGAAAUGGUAAAUGAAGUGGCAAAUUUCAUCCGCCUGCAUGUCAACAAUUUGCUCUCAGUUUCCCAGGAUAUUGCCCUGGGUAAGGAUUCAAGGCUGUUCUUCAAAGUAGCUGCAUAUCUGUGGCUGAUUUAUUUUGUUGGUGGCUUGACUGAUUUCCUUACCUUGAGCUACACCAGCCUUGUUAUCAUUCUCACGAUUCCAGCACUGUAUGAAAAGUAUGAAGAUCAUAUAGACAAAUAUGGCAUAGUGAGCUGCAGGAAAUUGCAGCAAUUGUAUGUGAAAUUAGACCAGGACUAUAUCAGAAGAGUCCAGAAAUGGAUUUUAGAGAAAAAGAAGCUGAGCUGAUCUUUCUCUUCUUCCCUUUAUUUUUUUCUUUUUCUUUAAAGUUUUUUUUUUCUUUUUCGUCCCGGGUUUUUUUUGUUUCCUGCUUACUUUUGUUUUCUGCUAUGCCAGGGGAGUGCUAAGAGUGUGGGAGAUUGCAAUUUUCUUUUCUUUUAAAAAAUGAGAUCUUUUCUUGCAUAUUUGUUUUCAUUCUAGAUCUUUUAGAUUCCCACUAUAGAAUUGAUGAAGGCGAUUGUACACAAGAAACACAACUGAAAAAAGAUUUUGUCAAAGUGAUACAAGUCAUAUAAUCUUGUCUUGAGAAACAUAUAAUACAAGGAGUCCCUUUGGGUUUGAACUAUGUGUGGAUGUAAUUUGAAAUUAAUUAGGAGAGCUUGGAGUUUGGUAUGAUAUGGUAGGGCCUUAGCCUAGUCUCUACACGCUUGAACUUGAACUUUGUCAAAAUGUAGACUUUUGUCAAGAUUUAUUUUCUUUAGGACAAGGAUGGAUUCAGAGUCCAAUCCUGAGUCGUAUUAGAUCUUUUCAAAUCAAAA